AUGUCAAAAGCUAAAAGACCAGUCGAAUCUGACUCUCCAAUCGAGAAUGUCAAGAAGCAAAAAGUUGAAUCCACACCAGAAUCAGCACCAUCAAAGGGAAUCGUUGAGACAGAUGUUGGUAUAACUAGUUAUAUAUCUCAAGAUUUAGCUGGGUUCACAGGUACUUUGAAGCAAAGAUACACUGAUUUCUUGGUCAAUGAAAUCGAUUUACAAGAUAAUGUUGUCCAUUUUACAGACGAGGGUAUUCCUGAUAAGAAACAACGUCGUCGUGAACGCAGAGAGAAUGAAAGAGAUGUUCAAAAAGAAGAGGAACCAAAAGAAGAACCAAAAGAAUUUCAACUUGAUGCUGCUCAUAGAAUCAAAUUAUUAGAAAACUUCGGUGAAGAAGAACUAUCCAAGAUUGAAGAAGUUUUGAAAAAUGGCUCAAAAUUCGAAUCCUCUAAAGUUUUUAAUGAAAAGAAAACUCGUGGUGAAAUUCAUCAAUUGUUCAGAGAAGCUUUCCAAAGUAAGAUCGAAACCAAAACCACUGAUAAAAACACUUUCCAAUUUUCAUUAGCCACUCGUAACUCAAGAGCUUUUAAGCCAAAGCAACAAGUUGACACCAGAGAUGAAAAUGGUGUUGAAAAUUAUGGAUUAGGCCCAUUGAAGGAUUUCUUACAUUUCAAAUUAUACAAGGAAAACAAAGAUACAAUGGAAGCUGCAAACUUACUUUCAAAAUUCCUAAGAUUACAACCAAAACAGAUAAGGUAUGCAGGAACAAAAGAUCGUCGUGGUGUUACUGUUCAAAAAUUAUCAAUUUCCAAAAUAAAAGUUGAACGUGUUAAUUCAUUAAACAGAACUCUACGUGGGUUGAAGCUUGGUUCUUUUUCUUAUGAAAAUGAAGGUCUAAGUCUUGGUGAUUUACAUGGUAAUGAGUUCCUUAUCACUUUAAGAGACGUUCAAAGUCUUGAUCCAAGUCAACCUAUUGAAGAAGUCAUUUCAAAAUCCCUUGAAUCUUUGAAAACUCAUGGUUUUAUAAAUUAUUAUGGUAUGCAAAGAUUUGGUACAUUUUCCGUUUCAACACAUACUAUUGGUAAGGAAAUCUUGUUGGGUAAUUGGAAAGCUGCUGCUGAACUGAUUUUAUCAGACCAAGAGUUUGUCUUGCCAGAUUCUAAAGAAGCUAGAAAGAUUUGGUCAGAAAGUAAAGACGUUUCAAAAGCCUUAGAAUUAAUGCCUAGAAAAUGUGUUGCUGAAUACACCAUUUUGAAAUAUUUGAGUACUGAAAAGAAGGAAGAUACUGGAGAUUAUAAAGACCAUUCCUAUUUCCAAGCCAUUAUGAAGAUUCCUAGAAAUUUAAGAAUCAUGUAUGGUCAUGCUUAUCAAAGUUAUAUUUGGAACUCCAUUGCAAGUUUAAGAGUUGACAAAUAUGGGUUAAAAGUUGUUGCUGGUGAUUUGAUUGUUGAAGAAGAGGCUGAAAAACCAGUCAACACUGAUGAAUCUGCUGAAACUGAAAUUUUUGAAGAAGAUGUUAGAACUGAUAAAUACCAAAGAGCAAGACCAGUUACUGAAGAGGAAGCUGCCUCUGGUAAAUUUUCAAUCUAUGACAUUGUUAUACCUACUCCUGGGUUCGAUAUAAACUAUCCAGAAAUCCCUGAUAUCAAGGCAGGUUAUAAAGAAUUGAUGGAAAAAGAUGGUUUGAACCCUGAUGAUAUGGUUAGAAAAGUCAAAGAGUUCUCAUUUGCAGGCUCUUAUCGUUCAUUAAUUGGUAAGGCAAAGAAUCUAGAUUAUCAAAUUAGACAUUAUGAAGAACCAGCUCAACAAUUGGUUUACACAGACUUGGAGCUUUUACACAAGAAACAAAAAGGUGAAGAAGUUGAACAGGUUUUACCAGAUCAAGGUGGUUCAAGAGUUGCAAUAAUCUUGAAAUUUCAAUUAGAAGUUUCAGCUUAUGCUACUAUGGCAUUGAGAGAAGUUAUGAAAGCUGAUACAAGUCGUCGUAGUGAAAUGUGCGACGUUAAAGUUUAG